GUCCGGGCUAGCAGUGUCCUGCGCGGCGAGACGGGGAAGGAGGGCGUCGCGCGCCGGCGGCAGGGAAGAAGAGCCGGUCUGGAUUUCCUUAAGGAAUAGGACUGUCACUCCUGAGCCGGAAGCGCGUUGGAGCUUGCGUGGGUCGGGGCUCCAGAUCCAGCCUCCUGAUCCGGACCCCAGGUCCCGGCCCUGGCGGACCUCCGGGGAGGCUGCAGGAGGGCAGCGCUGGAAUUAACGGAGUUUCCUCUGGAAAAGGGAUGGCACCAAGCAUGUUUUGGGCCCAGAGGAGACUCUGCUCCCUUGGCAGUAGAGCUAAAUUCCUGAAGAUGAUUUAUUCUCCAAAAAUCUUCAGACUCUCCACUUCUGCUAGAAUGUCUUUGAAAUUUAAAAAUGCCAAACGAAUAGAAGGCCUUGACAGUAACGUGUGGAUUGAAUUUACCAAGUUGGCUGCAGACCCCUCUGUUGUGAAUCUUGGCCAAGGCCUUCCAGAUAUCUCCCCACCUGAGUAUGUGAAGGAAGAAUUAUCAAAGGUUGCAGCUAUGGAUAGCCUGAAUCAGUAUACACGGGGCUUUGGUCAUCCAUCACUUGUGAAAGCUCUGUCUUGCUUAUAUGAAAAGUUUUAUGAAAAUCAGAUCGAUCCGAAUAAAGAAAUCCUCGUUACAGUAGGAGCCUAUGGGUCUCUUUUCAAUGCCGUUCAAGGGUUAAUCAAUGAGGGGGAUGAAGUCAUAGUGAUAGUACCUUUCUAUGACUGCUAUGAGCCCAUGGUGAGAAUGGCCGGAGGAACACCUGUUUUUAUUUCUUUAAGAUCUAAACGUAUUGAUGGGGAAAAGUGGUCCAGUUCUGACUGGACAUUGGAUCCUGAAGAACUGGCCAGUAAAUUUAAUUCCAAAACCAAAGCUAUUAUACUAAAUUCUCCACAUAACCCCUUUGGCAAAGUGUACACCAAAGAGGAACUCCAAGUAAUUGCCGACCUUUGCAUCAAAUAUGACACGCUCUGCAUCAGUGAUGAGGUUUAUGAAUGGCUUGUGUAUACUGGAAAUAAGCAUUUAAAAAUAGCCACUUUUCCAGGUAUGUGGGAGAGAACAAUAACCAUAGGAAGUGCUGGGAAGACUUUCAGUGUGACUGGCUGGAAGCUUGGCUGGUCCAUUGGUCCUAAUCACUUAAUAAAACACUUACAGACAGUUCAGCAAAACAGCAUUUAUACCUGUGCAACUCCUUUACAGGAAGCCUUGGCUCGAGCAUUUUGGAUUGAUAUCAAGCGCUUGAAUGACCCAGAGUGUUACUUUAAUUCGUUGUCAAAGGAGUUAGAAGUAAAAAGAGAUCGGAUGGUACAUUUACUUGAAAGCGUUGGCCUGAAACCCAUAGUUCCUGAUGGGGGCUACUUCAUCAUUGCUGAUGUGUCUUUGCUAGAUGCAGAUCUCUCUGAUAUGAAGAACAGCAAUGAACCUUAUGACUAUAAAUUUGUGAAAUGGAUGACUAAAAAUAAGAAACUCUCAGCCAUCCCAGUUUCAGCGUUCUGUAACAAAGAGACCAAAUUACAGUUCGAGAAGUUUGUGCGAUUUUGCUUCAUUAAAAAAGACAGUACACUGGAUGCUGCUGAAGAAAUCAUCAAGGCAUGGAGUAGACAGACGUCUUGAUAAAUGCAAACUUCUUUAAUGUUUCUGUUAAAUGACCUAGUAUGGUAUUGGUAUUGGUACUGCCACUCACUGAAUUGUGCAAAACAAAUAUUUCAGUACAAAUGAAAUUUAAAGAAAUAUUUCCAUUGAUUUUCCGAAUAGGUUGAUCCCUAACAAUAUUCUGGAGAUUUGGGUUUUUUUUCUAUCUUAAUAGAGUUCUCUAUUAUAGAGAUCAGUCGAACUCUAUCUUAAUAGAGUUCAACUCUAUUAGAGUUGAGUCAAACUCUAUCUUAAUAGAGUUCAACUGAACUAGUAUUUUAUGAGAAUCAAUAUAGCAUUUGGAUAAGAACUAUGAGAUGCUGGUUUAUGCCUAACCUCUCUGUGCUUCAGUUUCCUCAUCGUAAAAGGGGAAUAAAAAAUAGCACCUACUUUAUAUGAAG